AUGUCUCCAGCUCCUAGUCUGUCGUCUGUUAAUCAGCCACUUUUCCGCUCUGGCCUAGGCUCCAUUGGUAGCGCUAGUAAUCACCUGGUGUCCAGUACUAUUUCAACCGUACCCGCGAGCGGUGGUGGACUGAGAGCAUUACGAGGCGGUGAUGUGGUAUUCCGCGCUUCCACUCACACGACCGGAGGUAAUUUGACUAUGCGACGCAAACCACUGGGUACCAGCGGAUCGGGACUGAUGCUAAGCGAGGCGAGGCCUAUGGGUUCACGGUAG